AUGCUAAACAGACAGCAGAAGAAGCGUGAUCGAGCUCCUGAGCCUCCACAAGUGAAGAGAGAUGAGAACGCCUCUAAUCUCGUGGACGUCGAUUCGCCACAUGUCUCUACCGUCCCAUCAGACUUUAAUGCACAGGAGAUAAAAACCAAGACGCAAGAAGCCCGCGUUGAGCUUGAGAAGGAACAAGAAGAGCUAAAGAAGAAGUACAGAGAGGGCAAGCAGAAGGCCAAAGAGACGGCCAAGGAUGUCAGCGAACGUGCCCAGGAAGCUGCUGCAGGAGGUUACGACAAGUUUGACCGUAACAAGUCUAAUCCCGUCGUCAUUGGGAAUAUGGUUCUCCUCACUGCUGCUAGUGCCGGGUUGGCAUAUGGUGCGUACCAGAAACACCUUCGCGGAGCAUUGACAUGGGAGUUGGUUGCUGCAUGGACCGGUGGCAUCGGCGCUCUAGGUCUCUUUGAUUACUACGUCAGCAGGUGGUUCUUCCAGAACAAGUAUCCCCCGAAAUAA